UCGCUGGCCGUUUCGCCGGGGCAGCCGGUUCAUCGCACUUCCGCAGCCUAUGUGGCGCUCGGUGUUCCGGCCGCAGUCCGGGGGAUGUCGCCUCCUCAGCAGGGAUCCUUCCACUGAGUGUGUCCGCUACCGGAAGGCUUGCAGUCGGGGUCUGAUGGGAGGUGAAGCCGUACGAACUGGGACAGAUGGACGCAGUGGUGUGACCUGCUGGAAGAGGAAAUAUUAACAUUUGCAAAGAGCCAUGGACCUGACCUGCAGACUGGUCUGAGCAGAGCUAGCAGGUCUGAGCUUGGUGGGACUCAGCACCCUCCCGGGGUGUGCUCUGGGUUAGGAUUAGUCUGCCCCCGCCCCUCCACCCACCAACCCCCUACCACGCCGCCGGCAUACAGAGCAGCCAUGACAGACAGAGUGACCUUCGGUAUGCCCGGCUCCAACCAGCAGACGGCUCCUGUGCUUCCUCCUGAGCCAAUCAACAUCAUCCGCAUGAAGGCCCGUUCCCGACGGGUGAGGCUUAAUGUUGGAGGCCUAAUCCAUGAAGUUCUGUGGAGAACACUGGACCGGCUGCCCAGAACCCGCCUGGGAAGGCUAAGAGACUGCAACAUUCACGAGUCACUGCUGGAGAUCUGUGAUGACUACAGCCUCAAUGACAAUGAGUACUUCUUUGACCGGCACCCGGGUGCCUUCUCCUCCAUCCUAAACUUCUACCGCACAGGAAAGCUGCACAUGAUGGAGGAGAUGUGCGCCCUAUCAUUCGGCCAGGAGCUGGACUACUGGGGCAUCGAUGAGAUCUACCUGGAGUCGUGCUGCCAAGCUCGGUAUCACCAGAAGAAGGAGCAGAUGAACGAGGAGCUUAGGAGGGAGGCUGAGUUGCUGAGGGACAAGGACGGGGAGGAGGAGAGCCACGGCUGCUGUCCCGACAAGAGGCAGAAGCUCUGGGAUCUGCUGGAGAAACCCAGUUCAUCAGUAGCUGCAAAGGUCCUGGCCAUGAUCUCCAUCCUGUUUAUCAUCAUAUCCACCAUCUCACUGUCACUCAACACAUUGCCAGAGCUGCAGGUGGUGGAUGAAUUUGGCCAGUUCAAUGACAAUCCCAGCCUGGCUCAUGUGGAAGCUGUCUGCAUCGCCUGGUUCACCAUGGAGUAUGUGCUGCGGCUGCUCUCGGCACCCAACAAGUGGAAUUUCAUCAAAGCCCCACUGAACGUCAUCGAUCUGCUGGCUAUAUUGCCUUACUAUGUUACCCUUUUCCUCACUGAGUCCAACAAGAGUGUGCUGCAGUUCCAAAACGUACGUCGUGUCGUUCAGAUCUUCCGCAUCAUGAGAAUCCUGAGGAUCCUGAAGCUGGCCAGACACUCUACAGGACUCCAGUCUCUGGGUUUCACUUUGAGGAGGAGCUACAAUGAGUUGGGGCUGCUGAUCCUCUUCUUGGCCAUGGGUAUCAUGAUCUUUUCCAGCUUGGUCUUCUUUGCCGAAAAGGAUGAGGAUGCCACCAAAUUCACCAGCAUCCCUGCCUCCUUCUGGUGGGCGACCAUUACCAUGACUACUGUUGGUUAUGGAGACAUCUGCCCACAGACCUUGCUGGGGAAAAUUGUAGGGGGGCUAUGCUGCAUUGCAGGUGUGUUAGUCAUUGCCCUACCCAUUCCUAUCAUUGUCAACAAUUUCUCUGAAUUCUACCGUGAGCAGAAGAGGCAGGAAAAGGCCAUCAAGAGGAGAGAAGCUCUUGAAAGAGCGAAGAGGACCGGUAGUAUCGUCUCCGUGAAUUUUAAGGAUGCCUUUGCCCGCAGUAUGGAGUUUACAGAUGUGCUGGUGGAAAAGGCAGAGGACAAGUGUCAUGCGGACAAUCACCUGUCACCCAGCCGCUGGAGCUACCACAAACACUACGCUAAUGCACAAGGGGCUAGCCCAGCCCGCUCUCAGCGAAUACCGUACCACGAAUUGACCGAGCUGGUUUCUCCUGACCAGGACAAGCCCAAUUCUAACAGAGCCAGUUCGCUACACCUUAAUGUACAGUGCCUGGAAGACAAUUAUAAUAAGAUGGCAACAACUGGCCUGGAGCAGCAGAGGAUAGAGGAUCAGAUGGAGAUGAAGGUGGUGGCCUCCUCAUGUGACGGGCAACCUCAAGGUAAAAUACAAGUCAUCUCUGAGGUAAGCCCUGCUGGUAGUUUCUCAUGUGGGGAUGGGGGGGUUUCUGGUGAUGAAGGAGAGAGAAACUCCCGGCUUCCUGGUGUUGAAGAGGUCAAGACAGUGUCAGAAUAGAUCAAGCUUCUUAACACCAGCAUACCCCCAACCCCGAGCCCAUCCCCCUUCCCCUCGAUCUUAGUCAGAUCAGCACCGUGGAAGUGCGCAGGGGUUCCAAGAGCUUCCAGCCAGUGACUAUCCUUGAAGAGUGGCUGUAUGAGUUUGUCUCCAGCCAUCCUGACAGCAGUGGACGUGUAGAUGUGUGUGUAGCACCACAGAGUGUGGAAAGAUUUGGGAUGAACUAUGAGAACAUUUACAGAAAUAGCACCCCACAGAAGAUGAAAGCUCUCAAAGGUAACCCCAGCCCCCACUGGCUCAGCGAAGCUGUUCCAGGGACUGUCUGAUGACAGAGCUUCCUGGUUUUCUGUGGCUCCUAGCACUACUAUGCAGGACACUAAGUCUCCACUGGGGCUCCUGUGAACUCCAUUCCCUGCCUAGCAAUCUGUCAAGAACAAGUCCAAGCAGCUCUGAUUGGUGAGAGGAGGGCACAGUGGCCAGAGGCUUAGAAGGUGAAAGAGCAGCUCACAGGCUUAAGCCACCGGAGAAAGAAUCACAUGGAGAGGUCUGACGGUUGUUCAGGCUGCAGUGCCAUCCCAUGUCACCUAAAUCCAGUCGUCUCAACAGCACCCAGGAGUCUGCACCGGAGGAGGGAGUCAAAGGAGAGGGUGCAGCAUAGAGCGAAGAAAAUCACAGCUAUUCUGAUUUCUUUUCUGUUGUUCACUUCACGAAACAGAGUUUUGGCACUCUUGUGUUCAAACUGUUGGCAGCAACAGCCGUUUACAAAAAUGUGUAGCAGGGGAUAGGAUCAGCCAUUUGUCUAUCAUUAGCUAACUCAUCUAAUCAGAAAAAAAUGAACUAUAUGAUGUAGUACAAGAGCGCCAAAGCUAAACAAACAACAGCAACUGUGAAGAUAAAAGCUUAUUGGUAAGCAUUUUGCCAGCUUGUUAGCAAGUUGGUACAAGAUUCUUACUGCUUUUGUAAGGAAAAUCUACAUUGAUGUCCUGUUGCUUCUGUUUUCAAAUUGAUUGCACUGUAUCCUCUCACUGUUGUCAUCUCCAAAGCCACAUCUGCAGUUCCUCAAAGGAUGCUGAUUGGCUGUUUUGGGACUUCCAAUGACACUUCACCUGGGGCAUCGCCAGGUGGUUUCAUGAGCCAAAUGAAGAUGAACUCAGGAGACCGCCUGGCUGUGCCAAGUUUGCAUAAAGCCUGUUACAUAGUCCAUGCAAGAAACGCUUACGUGAAACACAGAGGGCAAUGCAAGGGCUGUUCCACAUGUUCUUCUGUAGCCAAAAUGUGAAUCUGAAAUACGCAACGCAAUGCAAACAUCUCUUAGAAUGUGACGCAUUUCAGGCAAAGAAACCAAAUGAAAAUUGUUAGUAAAGUGCAGCUACCAAAAAAGAAGAUGUAAUUUAAUUUGUUCCUGUAUGAUCAAGCGGCAAUGGUAGCAUAUUUUGUCAAUUUGGCAGAUUUAUUUUUACCAUCUUUUUUGCAAACCUGUUUUUUGGCAGUCAUGUAAAACCAAAUAUUCAUCCACGGUAGCCACUUUUAAAUCCCCAUCUCUACCAUAACAUUACCAUUGUUUCCGCUGUGUGUAAAAAAAAAAAAAAAAGAAAUCUGUAUAACCUCAAGCUGGAGCAGUGGAAGUCAAACUGUGCAUGUACUAUGUAAGCAAAGAGCUGGUGUAUGCGUCCUUGGUGGAGACUGUGUAACAGGCAUAACGCCACACUGUGAAGCAAGCAUGUGACCCUGGCAGGUAGAGAGUGAUUGAAAAGAAGAGGCACCACAUGUCAGGGUCAAGGUCUCACAGUGUGAAGAGACAAAAAGCACUUGCUGAUAAAGCUAAAACUAUUUGAAACCUGGAUAAAUAGAGGAUGUCUGCAUAAAAAACCCGUCUCAUGUCAAUGUGACUGCUUUACUGCAGGGUGGAUCAGUGACAUUGGAUUUUAUUCACCGAAGGCUCGGUUGUGAGAAAAAAAAAAAGGAAGCAUUUUGUGAAUGAGGACGUUUAUAACUAUGCUCAGCAGUUUUGUGUCCAAUUUUUUUUAUAGGCUAUUGCCAGAUAUUAGAAGUUCUUACUGCUUGCUGUUUUUUUUCACCAUUAUGAUGGACUACUUACAGCAAGAAAGGAAAAAAGUACAAUAAAACAAUUUGAAUAUCAUCCCAUGCUUUUUUUCUACAAAGGCAUAAAAAAAAAUUUGAAACAUUAUCCUCUCCAAGACUUGAAAACAGUGAUAAAUCAUUGUUCUGUGUUAUGGAGCCUUCUUUCCUCUCAAAACUAUAUUAUUUUGUGUUUCGCUGUGUGCUGUAUGUAUGUAAAUGUUGCCGUAUGUAAAUGUUUUCUGUCAAUGUCAAAAACCAUUUGUCGUCAUACUAUCUUUUUCCACAAGUAGUGGAAAAGGGAAAAGGGUAGCAUGACUAAGCUCUUGAAUGGCCAGACUUGUUCAGUCAGUUUGAAUAACAACCAUGCAACUAAUGUUUAGGUUUUACAUGUAUCUGUAUAUACAUAUCUGUGUGACCAUACACUGCUAUUGUUUUCUCCUUUGCUCUCAUAAAUAUCUGUCAAGCAAUAUCCCUGUGCUCACAACUCGUUGCUGGUAACAGCAAAGCAUUGAGACUUGUUUAAAGUGCUCCCCAUGGCUGUUGCUUGAUGUGAUAUUACUGUACUACUCCAUUAAUUACUCCAUAUUACUCCAUUAAACAUUUCAAGCUCA